AUGACAUCUACACUUGUAACUUACCCACUGGAUGUUCUCCAGCUCAGGCUAGCAGUUCAAUCUGGACACAACACUUUAUCUCAGGUUGCUCUUAACAUGCUGAGAGAAGAAGGGCUGGCCUCCUUCUAUGGAGGCUUGGGUCCAUCUCUUGUAGCAAUUGCACCUUACAUUGCUGUGAACUUCUGUGUUUUUGACCUGAUGAAGAAAUCUGUACCAGAGAAGUACAAGAAUAGACCAGAAACAUCUCUAGCAACCGCUCUUCUUUCAGCAACAUUUGCAACUUUGAUGUGUUAUCCGCUGGACACUGUUAGGAGACAGAUGCAGAUGAAAGGCACACCAUACAAUACUGUUUUUGAUGCUAUUCCAGGUAGUUAUGCUAGCAUUGCAUGAGCUAAUGGCUAAUACAUAACA